AUGAUAAAUCGUCUGAUUAUCCAUAUAGUAUCAGGAGGCAGCUACAUUCUUCUUCUCACACCCUUUCUACUUGUAUGGUAUCUAAACCGUACUAUAGGAUUCAACAUUGGAUUGAUUUUGGUCAUAUCGUGUAUAAUUGGCAUCAAAAUCUUGGAAAAUGUCAUUUAUAUAUUUGGUUAUUACCUUUCUCACCGUUUUAAAGUACCAUGGAUAUAUGGAUUGACCAGUAUAGCUACUCUUAUUUCAUUGUUAUGCUUUCACUGUGCGCUAGUAGCGAUUAGCAAAGGACUUUCAAUUACAACAACAUCUCUGAAUCGACAUGACAAGCAGAUUAUGCUGGUACUUGGACUAUGUAUGACAGUGGUUGAACUACUUACAUUAGGAAGUCCACCGAUAUACUCGAUUUCAUUGAUUUUGGUAUAUUUACUUGUUCUGCGUGUGCUUCUUCAAUUGCUCGAUCGAAAUCUUUACCAUUUGGAAAUCCAAUCACAGCACUUGCGUGAGAAUGCUAGAGUACCACGUAGUUUUUUAGACGUCGCAUACAAGAAAAUCGCAGCAUUGACCUAUUUUCGACUGGCGUUGAUCUGCUAUUUCCUCUGUGAAGUCGCACUUCGUCUCAUGUCAAUUCUCAUAAGUCCAUCAAUCGUUCUACUUGGCCAGGUGUCUUCUCAAUUCAUUUUUAUUAUGAUUCUGUGCAUCAUUUUUCGAAUGCAAAAACCUAUUGUUGCUUACUUGUCUACUAGGAUGGAUGGGCGUGUUAUCGUCACUGUGGAUCCUCUGCAAAACACGCAGCCGAAUGCAAGAUCAUCAAGUACACCAUUGACUGUUAACACUAUAGGAGUAUCAGCACUAAAUCAAGCUGGAGUGUUGAUACAAGUAUAUCCAAUACAGAUACGUUCCACUGAUAAUAUUCCAAUAUCAAGCACAUCUUCACUUUUUAAUCCCAAUGCCACAAAUAGCUACGGGACAGGUGAAAACUCUGAGAGUCGUCAAAGUCGUCAGCAAGCCAGCCACCUACUUUUUAAUGGAGUUGUUCAUGGUUUUAAUUUUGUUGUUGUGCCGCCAUACAGUAGAAUCAAUAUUGGAACCGAACGACCCAAAAUGGAACUCGCAACUUUAGUCAAACAAAGUAUUCGACCAACAUAG